AUGUUUCCCACACGAGCCCUACUGGGCCGAUCGGUCUGGAAAGUCUUCCUCUCCCGCGCACCCUUCCCCCGCCGCCAAACACCCCCCCCGAUCCGCACACAGAAGCGCGCAGCUACCAUCCUGCCUAACUUCGUCGGCCUGCGCUUCGCUGUCCACAACGGCAAGACUUACGUGGAGGUCCAGAUUACCGAGGAGAUGGUUGGUCGCAAACUCGGCGAAUACGUUGCGUAUGUCUUCACAAGCCUUCCAGGUGUAACGGUGGUCGUGCUCAAGAUGAUGCUAAUUUGCUGCCUCAGAACCCGCAAGCGCUUCACAUACAAGCAGUCCAAGAACAAGUAA